GGCAUCGAAUACCUGAAUCUUGAGGAGGGCCCGAUUCACACGGACGGCGUGAUGCCGAGCCGUGGAUGGAGCGACGAUCUGUGCUACGGUACAGGUACCAUGUACCUCUUGGGUCUGGGAACUGGUGGUGCAUGGGGCUUCCUGGAGGGCCUGCGGAGCCAGCACGGUGCCAACCUCAAGCUUCGUGUGAACAGCGUGCUCAACUCGAUGACCCGCCGCGGACCAUUUGUUGGAAACUCGUUCGGUGUUAUGGCCAUGUUCUACAACAUCCUGAACUCGACCAUCAGCAAUUACCGCGACACACAGGACAUGUACAACAGCAUUGGCGCGGCUGCUAUCAGCGGUAUGCUGUUCAAGAUCGGCGGCGGCCCUCGGGCAAGCAUUAUCUCGGGUAUCAUCUGCGCUGGCACAGUCGGCGUGUACAAGAUCAGCGUU